AUGCUGACUUCUAGGAACAGCUCUUCUCAUUCUACGUACUUCAUUCUGCUUGGUAUCCCAGGACUCGAGGAUUCUCAGUUUUGGAUUGCCUUUGUGUUCUGUGCCAUGUAUAUUGUGGCUGUAGUUGGCAAUAUCACUGUAGUUCAUAUCAUUCGAAUUGACCACACUCUGCAUGAACCCAUGUACCUCUUUCUGGCCAUGCUGGCUCUCACUGAUCUGGUCCUCUCCACUUCUACACAACCUAAAAUGCUUGCUAUAUUUUGGUUUCAUGAUCACAAGAUAGAAUAUCAUGCUUGCCUCAUUCAAGUGUUCUUCAUUCAUGCCUUUUCUUCUGUGGAAUCUGGGGUUCUCAUGGCUAUGGCUUUAGACCGUUAUGUGGCCAUCUGCUUCCCACUGCGUCACUCUAGUAUCCUGACUCCGUCUGUGGUGGGAAAACUGGGGGCAGCAGUGAUGAUUCGGGGAUUGCUGUGGGUGAGCCCUUUCUGCUUCAUGAUCUCCAAAAUGCCAUUUUGUUCCAACCAGAUUAUUCCUCAGUCAUACUGUGAACACAUGGCUGUGCUAAAGCUGAUAUGUGCUGAUACUAGAGUAAAUCGUGCCUAUGGACUCUUUGUAGCUUUCUCUGUGGUGGGCUUUGAUAUGAUAAUCAUCAGUAUAUCUUAUGCGAUGAUUCUAAGAACAGUGCUGGCCUUGCCUUCUGGGGAAGCCAGAGUUAAAGCGUUUAGUACAUGUGCUUCCCACAUCUGUGUUAUCUUGGCUUUUUAUGUCCCAGCUCUCUUCACUUUCCUUACACACCGCUUUGGACAUCACGUGCCCCGGGUGGUUCACAUCAUGUUGGCUAUUCUCUAUCUACUGGUACCUCCUAUGCUCAACCCCAUUAUCUAUGGGAUUAAAACUAAACAGAUCAGAGAAAGAGUAAUUCAAGGAUUUUGUGGGAAAGGCCAGUGA